AUGGGCACCCAAUUGGUCUCGGCGGACGCCAUGAACAAGCUGGAAGACUUGUCGGGCAUCACCGUCCUGCCCGGGCAGAACCCGUACAAUGCCUUGAUCAAGGCCUGCAAUGACAGCUCUGCAGAGAUACAGGCUCUAUACCAUACCCACAGGGUAAAGAGGAACGAGCAGCAGAAGCAAAAGUUCAUGGCCCCCAGCUACGAGGGGCUCAUCAUAGAUCGUAUCCUCCUGCGGCUGGAGAACCCUGAGAUAGAGCCGGGCUUCAAGGACCCCCGCAACUGCUUCGUCUUCUGGGCCCGUCCGCCCGAACACAUCUUGAGGCUCGCGGCCCACGUACAGGCCCUCCUCAAGAAGGCUGCCCCGAGCGUCUGGCUCAUGCCCCAGCACCGUAUGCACCUCACUACCCUCGAGGUGACACACUCCAAGACGCCAGAGGAGAUCAUCGCCUUGACCGACACGAUGCGCUCUGUGAUCCCCUACAUCACCGACUACACCUACUCCCACCGCGCGCGCCUUGUGAAGCCCAUGGUCUCGUACGACCUCUCCGCCUUCGCCCUCUCCUUCCUCACGGCCGCGGGCGAGCCGCCCCUAGGACCCCCUCCCGCGACCACCGCGGCGCAGAAGGCCGUCGUCGAGGGCGACGGCUACACGUACCACCACCUCCGUCGGGACGUCUUCGACCUGGCGCGGUCGACGGGCGUGUCGAUCGAGUCCCGGUACCAGGUGCCGAGCGCGCACAUCACGCUGGGACGGUACCUCACCGAGGAGGACCACGCAACGCCCGAGGCGCGGGCACGGUGGGUCGAGGCCAUCGACACGGUAAACGCGUGGCUCGAGGGCGAAGUUUGGGACCUCAAGGACGGGGAAUGGGUCGGCGAGUGGGUUGUCGGCCAAGAGAGGGGGCUGGAAGCGCGGAACGGACGGCUGUGGUACGGAGGGGGACGGACAAUCAGGCUCGGGGAGGGUUUCUGA